UUAUUUUUGUGAUAGGAUAAUUACAAGAAACUUUUGAGGAGAUAAUAAACAAGAGACGAAAGCACAUGGGCGUUUUUGUGCUGUUCUUAUCGUUGUUUUUCUUUCUGCCCUUUAAAUUAUUGCUAUUUUAAUUUUGGAGAGUGUAGGGUUAAAGGGAGUUAUGGGGGUGUGGAAGCUGUCUUUCAGGAUGUGGUCCUGCAUUUGGAAUGUCACUAUUUUAUUGAGUUUUGUGGUCCAAAUGUGGAAAUGUCAUAUGGAGUACCCCCAAGAUCUGUAACCAUCACGCCGGCUAAAUUCUUCCGGUGAAUGAGGAAUUUAAACGAAUUACGGGAGGUGUUUUUCUUCCGGUGGAUUGUUUCGGCGUCAUUUGAAUAAAUAUGCAAAUGAUUGAAACUUGCUUAAUUCUUAUACGUGUCGUCUGAACUGCAGACGGAUGUUGUUAUUAAUGUUGGGGAAGUGAAGUUUUACCUUCACAAGUUCCCUCUCUUGUCCAAGAGCAAUCGCCUGCAAAAACUAGUAUCAAAAGCCAAUGAGGAUUCUGAAGAAAUUGACAUGGUUGAUUUUCCUGGUGGGCCAAAAUCCUUUGAAAUUUGUGCAAAGUUUUGCUAUGGAAUGACUGUUACUCUCAACGCUUACAAUGUUGUGGCUGCUCGAUGUGCUGCUGAGUAUCUGGAAAUGACUGAGGGUGUUGAUCACAGUAACCUAAUAUACAAAAUUGAGGUGUUCCUUAACUCAAGCAUCUUCCGUAGCUGGAAAGAUUCCAUCAUUGUGCUACAAACCACUAAACCUCUUCUGUCGUGGUCUGAAGAUCUGAAGAUUGUUGGAAGAUGCAUAGACUCAAUUGCUUCUAAAACAUCUGUAGACCCUGCCAACAUCACUUGGUCCUACACAUAUAACAGAAAAUUAGCAGAGCGUGAUAAAAUUAUUGAAGCAGGGAUGAAUUAUCGAGACAAAUUUGAAAAAGUUCCAAGGGAUUGGUGGGUUGAAGACAUAUGUGAGCUGGAUAUUGAUCUCUACAAACGAGUUAUUAUUGCUGUGAAAUCAAAGGGAAGAAUGGAUGGCACUGUUAUUGGGGAGGCUCUGAAGACUUACGCAGUUAGAUGGUUGCCAGAUUCUGUUGAAGCACUGGUUUUGGACGAACAUGCCUUGAGGAACAAAUCUCUGGUAGAAACAAUUAUUUGCUUAUUGCCGUCUGACAAAGGUAUGGGUUGUUCAUCCAGUUUCUUGCUGAAACUUUUGAAAGUUUCUAUUUUGGUUGGAGCAGACGAGUUGUUGAGGGAGGAGUUGGUGAAGAGGAUCAGUUUGAAGUUGCAUGAAGCUCGUGUAGGUGACUUGUUGAUCCCCGCACGAUCUCCUCAAAUUACUAUAUAUGACGUUGAGUUGGUUCUGUCUGUUGUGAGUCAGUAUGUGAUGCGUGAAAAGUACAAGUGGGAUUUGGAUGUUGUCGAGAAGAAUGAAAAGGGGACUGAUACUUUUAUAUUAGGGCAUGGAUCGUUGUUGGGUGUUGGUAGACUGGUCGAUGGGUAUCUUGCAGAAAUUGCACAUGACCCAAAUCUUAACCUCAGUAGUUUCGUAGAGUUAUCACAAUCAGUUCCCGAGUCAGCAAGGCCAAUUCACGAUGGGUUGUACAAAGCCAUUGACAUCUACCUGAAGGAGCACCCUAAUUUGACAAAGGCUGAAAGGAAAAGAAUUUGUGCAUUGAUGGAUGUCAAGAAACUUACACUGGAGGCAUCGAUGGAUGCUGCACAGAACGAGCAGCUCCCACUUCGAGUCGUUGUUCAAGUUCUCUUCUUUGAGCAGAUAAGAUCUGCAGCUAGCGUUCAAGCCCUUAACAACCAUCCCAGUGACACUUCACUUUCCACAACAAAUUUGGACGAGGAAUGUGACAAGAUAGCAGAAGAAAACUGCAAGCCGUUGGGAAAACAGAUGAGCCAAAUGAAGGUAACUGAAGAGUUCCAGAAGAACGCAAAACUGGGAAAGAACAACAGUAAAAACAGCCGAAGUGGUGCGCAAUUGCUUCCAUCUAGGUCGAGGAGAAUCUUCGAUAAAUUGUGGUCUGUGGGGAAGGGGCAUGUAGAGAACAAGAGCUCCGAGACAUCCGGGAGUUCUCAUAGUCCAACUUCAAAUGUUCCUGGCGAUUCAAAGUCGGUAUCAUCUUCGAGACAGAGGAGGUAUUCCAUCUCGUAAAUGGGGAUUUCAGGUCUGACCCGAAUUGAACGAGUUCAGAAAAUUCCACUGCAAGUGUACAAAGGAGUAGGGAUUUGUUGUAGCUGAUGAUCAUAUUGUCCUUCAAUCUAUCAAGCAUGUAUUAUCUCAAAUGGAGUUUACUAUAGUUAAAAUGUAAUCAGUUUAUCGGAGUGCCUUGUCUAACAUCUUUUGGUUCCACUUGAAAAUUGAUCUGUGUUUCUGCUUAA